UACAAAAUUCUCUCCAAGUGGCUAAGGCCUAAGAGAGAAACAGAUAAGUGAAGAGAAGUAACUUCCUUCUCUAUCCUCUUCAAGCUCAACAACAAUGGCGUUAACUUCUUCACCAUCUCCUCCACCAUGCUUCUCUCUCCUCAAUUCACACUCUUCUAACAAAUCAUUUUCUCUCUCCUACACUACCUUCAAAUUUUCUAAGCUCAGCAGCCGCAAUUUCCGCCGUUCACCGCCGUCGUUCAAAAUUCGCGCUGCCGCAACCCUAAAUUCUGACAAUGGCGCCGUUAUUUCCGACUCCGAAAAACCUAAUGAAGCCAAUUAUGGACGUAAUUUCCCUCUUGCUGCUGUUGUUGGACAGGAUGCCAUUAAAACUGCACUUUUGCUUGGAGCCGUUGACCGAGAAAUAGGAGGGAUAGGCAUUUCAGGGAAGCGAGGGACAGCCAAAACGAUUAUGGCACGUGGUUUGCAUGCCGUACUCCCACCUAUUGAUGUAGUUGUGGGUUCCAUUGCAAAUGCUGAUCCAUCCUGUCCAGAAGAGUGGGAAGAUGAAUUGGCUGAUCGUCUUGAAUAUGACUCGUCAGGCAAUAUCAAGACCAAAGUUGUAAAGUCUCCUUUUGUACAGAUUCCUCUUGGUGUUACGGAGGAUAGACUUAUUGGGUCUGUUGAUGUUGAGGAAUCUGUGAAAACAGGAACAACUGUUUUCCAGCCUGGACUUCUGGCUGAAGCUCAUAGAGGUGUCCUAUAUGUUGAUGAGAUAAACCUUCUGGAUGAAGGAAUUAGUAAUCUUCUUCUGAAUGUGUUAACCGAGGGUGUGAAUAUUGUUGAAAGAGAAGGAAUCAGUUUUCGUCACCCAUGCAAGCUGUUGAUUGCCACCUACAACCCUGAAGAGGGUGCUGUACGUGAGCAUCUGUUGGAUCGUGUAGCAAUUAAUUUGAGUGCAGAUCUUCCAAUGAACUUUGAAGACCGUGUUGCUGCUGUUGGAGUUGCAACACAGUUUCAGGAACAAAGCAAUGAAGUAUUUAAAAUGGUUGAGGAGGAAACAGAAUUAGCUAAAACGCAGAUCAUUUUGGCGCGGGAGUACUUGAAAGAUGUUACUAUCAGCAAGGAGCAACUAAAAUAUUUGGUCAUGGAAGCAAUACGAGGUGGUUGUCAGGGCCACAGGGCUGAGUUGUAUGCUAUGCGCGUUGCUAAAUGCCUGGCUGCUAUAGAAGGACGUGAAAAAGUCAAUGUGGAUGACCUAAAGAAAGCUGUGGAAUUGGUAAUUCUUCCUCGUUCAAUCAUCCAGGACAGGCCUCCCGAAGAUCAGAAUAAGCAGCCACCGCCUCCACCACCCCCUCAACAGAAUCAGGAUUCAUCUGAGGAGCAAAAGGAGGAGGAAGACAAAGAGGAUGAGAAUGAUGAGGAGAACGAUGAGGAGAACGAACAACAAGACCAAUUACCCGAAGAGUUUAUCUUUGAUGCAGAAGGAGGUUUGGUGGAUGAGAAACUUCUUUUCUUUGCUCAGCAAGCUCAGAGACGCAAAGGGAAGGCUGGGAGAGCAAAGAAUGUCAUAUUUUCAGAGGAUCGAGGCCGCUACAUUAAGCCAAUGCUUCCAAAGGGUCCUGUCAAGAGAUUAGCUGUGGGAACCCUUAGAGCAGCUGCUCCGUAUCAGAAACUGAGGAAGGAGAAGGAUGUGCUCAAAGGAAGGAAAGUUUAUGUGGAAAAGAUGGACAUGAGAGCCAAAAGAAUGGCUAGAAAAGCAGGAGCUUUGGUUAUAUUUGUGGUUGACGCUAGUGGGAGCAUGGCAUUAAACCGUAUGCAGAAUGCAAAAGGUGCAGCACUCAAGUUGUUGGCUGAGAGCUAUACAAGUAGAGAUCAGGUUGCUAUCAUUCCAUUUCGUGGAGACUCUGCCGAAGUUCUCCUGCCUCCUUCCAGAUCAAUCUCAAUGGCAAGAAAACGUCUUGAGAGACUUCCAUGUGGUGGAGGAUCUCCUCUAGCUCAUGGUCUUACAACGGCUGUCAGGGUUGGAUUAAAUGCAGAAAAAAGCGGAGAUGUUGGACGCAUCAUGAUUGUUGCUAUAACUGAUGGUAGAGCAAACAUAUCACUGAAAAGAUCUACAGAUCCAGAAGCAGUCCCUGCAGAUGCCCCUCGGCCUACUACAAAGGAAUUAAAGGAUGAGAUUCUCGAAGUGGCUGGUAAAAUAUACAAAGCAGGAAUGUCAUUGCUCGUCAUCGACACGGAAACAAAUUUAUCCACUGGUUUCGCCAAAGAGAUUGCCAGAAUCGCUCAGGGAAAAUACUAUUACUUGCCUAAUGCUUCAGAUGCUGUAAUCUCAGCAACAACCAAGGAAGCCUUGUCAGAUUUGAAAAAUUCGUAACCAGAAUAAAAUAUAUCUUCAA